UCAAAGUGAUUUCAUGGUCAAGAAAGAGUUGCAGCCAUGUCAAGUGAAGAGGAAGCUACUGCAGCCAAUGUGCUAUCGCAGAUGUCACAGAUUCAGCAGAUAAGUUGUGAAACAAUUGAAGCCACAGUUAUUAAUGUUGGGCAUCACUGUGAUGUGGAGACAACAGCCUCGCAAGUUAUGGAGAUUGUACAAGCUGAAGUUCCAGAUGAGGAGGCUAACGAGGUACUGCGUCGGGUUCAUUCAGCUGUGCAGAAUAUGCAGCAGUCAUCUGGCGUCAUGGACACCAAUGAGCAAGUACAUGCUCAGCUGGAUAGUGGAGAGGUGGCUAUUUUGUCUGGGUCAGGAGAUUCCACAGCAGCUGUUGGAACCAGGAUUGUUUCAAAUGGAGGUAGGGUUUAUCCUUGUGAGUACUGUGGUAAGGAAUUCAACAAGUCAUACAAUUUGAAGACACACAUUCGUGUUCACACUGGGGAAAGACCCUAUACCUGUGAGCAGUGUGGCCACGGCUUUGCUAACCUAGGAGAUCUGAAAAGACAUGCGCGCACACACACAGGGGAGAAACCAUUCAAAUGUAACUUUUGCGGGAAAGUGUUCUCAGACUUUGGAAGUCACAAGCGGCAUCUCCGCCUUCACACAGGCUUUAAACCCUUUCGGUGCGAGGACUGUGGAAGAGAAUUCACUCGGUUGGACAGUUACAAGAACCACAUUCGUUUACACACAGGUGUCCGUCCAUAUAAAUGCGACACUUGUGAGAAGGAAUUCAACUAUCUGACGACUUACAAACGACACUUGAACAUCCACAAAGGAGAAAAACCUUUUGCCUGUGAGCACUGCGAUAAGAAGUUCACUCGGCUCAAUUAUUUAAAAAAUCAUCUCAACACUCAUGCUAAACAUGCGAGUCAGGAAAGCCAGACAGACUUUAAAUAUGACGACAGCUCUUCUCGGCAAAAUAUGGACGUGGAUAAUCAGGAAGACUUGGGUACUAUGGAGGCAGAUUCCGCUGCCCAAAGUAUUCAGAACGAAGGCAAAAGUCUGGUUGAAAAUGAGGCAGGGAAAGCUGAUACUGAAGGAGAACUUCAAACCGAGGCAGUCAAAGAGCAAGAGAGCGAAGUCACAGAUACAACAAAGGCACAAGAAUCCAAAGUCCCGGAUACUUCUCUCUUACAACAAGUUACCCAGGUCCUUGGCGAGAUCGUCCCUCACAACUUGAGUGCAGAAGUGACCGAAGGCGCCGGGGGACCACAGAUUGUUGUUCAAGGCGCAGACCAGGCGGGAAGCGAGUUUAAGAUCACUCUGGCCCAGCAGUUGCUUUUAGCGCAGCAUUUACUGAAUCAGGUACAAACACAGCGGCUUGGACGCGGCGGAGCGAGCGGAAGUGAAGGCGAACAAGACGCCGAACAACCUCAGAUUACAACAGUCACUAUUCCAGAAAUCAGCGCUGAACUUGCAGAACAGAUCGUCAACCAGGCUGCAGUUCAACAGGCAACUGACUUGAUGCAGAAUCCCUCCGGUUUAAUACAUGUCCCCAGCGAUGCUAACACUUCCCAGGGAACUGGGCAAACGGAAAUGGUUGUAGGAACUGAAGUUAUGAUCCAAGAACAGGCUGAAGGACAACAUAACGAGAUGGUCACGGAGCAUGUGUUGCAAGAGAGUACCGCUGUCCCAGUGACAUCAGAGGAUGGUGUACCUCUAGUCGACAGUAACGCCGUCUACGUCGCUAUCGAUCCCAACCAACCAGAUGUUCAACAACUGCUGGGACAAAUUCAGGCCAUAACUGCUUCACAAGCACAACAAGGUGAAGGAGAAGAACCACGGCAAGAGAGUGAAUGAUUUGCUUUUAAUGUUAUCACCCACAGCUGCAGGUGAGCACUGGGUCGAGUCAUGCUAAGCUUGGUGCCCAGAGGUACACUUGGUCUCAUACUGGUGAAGGGACAUUAUGCCUAGUCGACAACAAAUUUCUUCGGCAUUUUCAACGAAAUCGUGUGGAUAUCAAGGCUUCGACUUAAACGCAAUGUGGAGAUAAUUUCAUUAGUGAGCUAUGACCAGUUUUUUACUGAGUUGUAUUCGGUUGACGAUGAGUCGAAGUCGGGUCUUCUAACCUCUGACAUCAUUAGCUAGGUAGAGAAAUUUCAGUGGAGGGUUGUAGCGCUGUUCCAAGGUCAGCGGUCGAUAACA